CAUUUUUUCUCUCUUCUUUCUCUUCUCUUUUUCUCUCUCGUACUUUUAAUAGCUUGAGAAAAAAUAAAAAUGAGAGGGGGUAUCUUGCUGUCGGUACUACUGUUGGCCACCUGCCAAUUCUCCUUAUCCAUCAGGGAUGGAUUAGUGAAAAAUGGCAACUUUGAGCUUGCUCCUAAGCCAUCAGACAUGAAAGGGACACAGGUGAUUGGCAAGAACGCAAUACCAGAAUGGGAGAUUUCUGGGUUUGUAGAGUAUAUAAAAUCAGGUCAAAAACAAGGCGACAUGUUGCUAGUAGUGCCCGAAGGAGCGUAUGCUGUUAGGCUUGGAAAUGAAGCAUCAAUUAAACAAAGAAUGAGAGUUAUUAAAGGAAUGUACUAUUCCAUAACAUUUAGUGCAGCUAGAACUUGUGCACAAGAAGAGAAAUUGAAUGUUUCUGUAUCGCCGGAUUGGGGUGUUUUGCCAAUGCAAACUAUGUAUAGUAGUAAUGGAUGGGACUCCUAUGCUUGGGCCUUUCAAGCUGAGUUUCAAUAUGUGGACCUUGUCAUUCACAAUCCUGGAGUUGAAGAAGAUCCUGCUUGUGGUCCUUUAAUUGACUCUGUUGCCAUCAGAGCUCUCUAUCCUCCUAGGCCAACCAACAAGAACAUACUGAAAAAUGGAGGGUUCGAAGAAGGUCCAUAUGUAUUUCCCAACACAUCAUGGGGUGUGCUGAUCCCACCAAACAUUGAAGAUGAUCACUCUCCCCUCCCUGGCUGGAUGGUAGAAUCUCUCAAAGCAGUUAAGUACAUCGACGUUGACCAUUUCUCGGUGCCUCAGGGGAGACGAGCGAUAGAGCUAGUGGCAGGGAAAGAAAGCGCCAUUGCGCAAGUAGCACGAACUGUCAUUGGCAAAACGUAUACCCUUUCGUUCGCAGUAGGGGAUGCUAGCAACUCCUGCGAAGGGUCAAUGGUGGUCGAAGCCUUCGCGGGGAAGGAUACACUGAAAGUUCCUUACGAGUCCAAAGGCAAAGGUGGGUUCAAGCGUGCAGUGCUUAGAUUUGUUGCUGUUGCUAACAGAACAAGAAUUAUGUUCUACAGCACAUUUUACACUAUGAGGAGUGAUGAUUUCUCUUCUCUUUGUGGACCUGUGCUUGAUGACGUGAAGCUGUUAAGUGUUCGCAAACCGUGAUGGAUUUGAAAGCUAAGCUAUGAGGUGAAAUGCGAGGGCCAGAAAAAAAAAAAAAAA